AUUCAAUCAAUUUCGUUCCUAAUUUCUUCAAUUACAGUUUUGAUUUCUCGAUAUUUAUGUAACUGUUGCUGUUUUUGUGGUAGUUUAUCUUGUAAUUUUGGGGGUUUAAAUUGCCAAAUCGGUCUAUUCAUUUUGUGUUAUUAGUUCUUGUUGCUGAUUACAUUUAGGGUUUAUAGUUUGUGUUGUAGUAUGUUUGAGAGUUCCUUGAUUUUGUGGUUACUAGGCUUCUUUCAGCUUGAUGAACAAGUCAACAACCAUAGAAAUGGUUUUGCAAGCUGAAAAAUUGGGGAUGAUAUCUAAGACUCCGAUCAUUUAUAAAGUGUUUCUGUUAAAAUGUUCUUUAGGGCUUGGAAUACCGCUAUAGGUGACAUGGGAUACGCUCUUAGUAGAUUGGAGAUAGACCCGGAUUUUUCCGACAGUGAAUCCUCUCCGGUCGGAGAUGAUAAUAACAGUCCUCAACCUUCGUCACAGAACGAUCUCGAGCAUGAAGUUGCUCAGCUUACGAAGCUCGGUUCUACACCCCAUGACCGGUUGCAAAGGGUUCUUCCACGGAGGCAGGAGUUUCCUGUUUCACCGGUGAAGAUGUUAGCGGGUCGAGAAGGGAAUUAUUCCGGCAGAGGAAGGUUCUCUGCAGCAGAUCGGUGUCACCUUUUAAACAAAUAUUUGCCUGUUAAAGGUCCUUCGAUAAUUGACCAAUUGACUACUCGGGCUUACGUCUCGCAAUUUUCAACCGAUGGUUCCCUUUUUGUUGCUGCAUUUCAGGGAAGCCACAUUAAAAUUUAUAAUGCUGAAAAGGGGUGGAAGCUUCAGAAGAAUAUUGUUGCCAAAAGCUUGCGCUGGACAGUAACUGAUACGUCUCUUUCACCAGAUAAACGUUUCUUGGUUUAUGCCACUAUGUCUCCUAUUGUCAACAUUGUUAAUAUUGGAUCUGCUGCAACAGAGUCUCAUGCAAAUGUCACGGAGAUCCAUGAAGGCUUAGAAUUUUCUGCUGAUGAUGAAGAGGGGUAUUCGUUUGGAAUUUUUUCCGUGAAAUUUUCUAAUGAUGGUAGAGAACUUGUAGCUGGAAGUAGUGAUGAUUCGAUAUAUGUUUAUGAUAUUGAAGCAAACAGGCUUUCCCUUCGAAUACAAGCACAUACGUCAGAUGUAAACAGCGUAUGCUUUGCCGAUGAAGCCAGCCAUCUGAUAUAUUCAGGGAGUGAUGAUAAUCUCUGUAAGGUUUGGGACAGACGCUGUUUCAGAUCAAAAGGAAAGCCUGCUGGAAUUCUGAUGGGACACCUAGAAGGAAUUACAUUUCUUGACAGCCGUGGGGAUGGUCGUUAUUUCAUUUCAAAUGGGAAGGAUCAGACAAUCAAGCUUUGGGAUAUCCGAAAAAUGUCUUCUAAUGCCACUCGCACUCCGGGGUUCAGGAACUAUGAAUGGGAUUAUAGAUGGAUGGACUACCCACUUCGGGCACGAGAUGUGAAGCAUCCAUGUGACCAAUCUGUUGCCACAUAUAAAGGUCAUUCAGUAUUGCGUACAUUAAUCCGCUGCUACUUUUCACCAGAAUAUGGCACCGGCCAGAAGUACAUUUAUACCGGAUCUCAUGAUUCUUGUGUUUAUGUUUAUGAUUUGGUGAGUGGAGCGCAAGUUGCAAGGCUCGUGCACCAUAAGUCAACCGUACGAGAUUGCAGUUGGCACCCUCAUUAUCCGAUGCUCGUUAGUUCUUCAUUCGAUGGAGAUAUUGCCAAGUGGGAAUUCCCGGGUAACGGAGAGACCCCGAUUCCCACGAACAAUAGUAGGCCUCGAAGACGGCAUUUUGAUUGAAUACUCUUUGAAAUCCGUAAGUUGUUCUUUCGCUUCGGUGAACAAUAUAAUGAACAAAUGAAUUAAGGAAACGAGGAAAUGACUUUUUGUUGUUGUGCAGAAAAAGAUUGUAUAUAAAUCAUAAAUUCUUUUUCCAUUGGUAUAAUUGAAUCUUCUUUUAUAUAUGUAAAAUUAUAUGUCCAAAAUGAUGCUAUUAUGCACA